UGAAACAAAGUCAUUUGCUUUAACUUCAAGUUAAGAUCCUGUCCUUACCUAUACUGUGUCCUUAUUCAAUACCACUUCAAACAACUGAGAAAGCUACCUGUAAGGAGGGAAGUCUAUGUCAUUCACAUCCUCUUAACUCUUAACUUUAUCUGCAAAUAUCAUGAUCAUUGUUAACGUUGAAUUUGCACAUCUUGUUGAUGGAUCUAGAAUCCAAGAAAUUUCGUACGAACCAUCUGAUAAAGAUGUGAGAACAUUGUAAAAAAGACAUCAUUAUGUUGGCUGCUAUUUCUUAGAGUAGUUAGGUUACUGUUAUUUCAGUUGUUGUGUAAAAUGCACUGUGGAUGCAUUAGUCCUAACAGGAGGUAGUAGUUAUAUCAUUAGCCAGAGGACCUUAAAAAGUAUUUGAAAAUGAAAGGAUAUCUCACCUUACAAAAACCAAGCAGAGGCUGUUGAUUAAUAUGCUUGCAUUACUAGUCAUUAACAAAAAUGGCUUCAUUUUCCUUUCCCAUUACCACUACUGCCUUUGUUAUCUUGCUUCUAAGUCUUACCUCCAAUGUGUUCAACAACUCAGCAGCCAAACACAGCCAUUCCUCCUCCGUUAAGGGCAUAAAAAACCCGAGGCUGCAAAAAGCCUACAUUGCUCUCCAAGCUUGGAAACGUGUUAUCUACUCUGAUCCUAACAACUUCACCUCUACUUGGGUUGGCCCUUCAGUCUGCAACUACACUGGCAUAUAUUGCGCGCCAUUCCCUAAUAACACCAAACUCCAAGUUGUUGCUGGCAUUGAUCUGAACCAUGCUGAUAUAGCCGGUUUCCUACCUGAGGAACUCGGUCUUCUCAAUGACUUAGCGUUGCUGCACCUAAACAGCAAUCGCUUCUGUGGAAUCCUCCCACUCUCUUUAUCCAACCUCACUCUCUUGCAUGAGCUUGAUCUCAGUAACAACAGAUUCGUAGGACCUUUUCCUAACGUUGUCCUCUCUCUGCCUUCCUUGAAAUAUCUUGAUCUUCGCUACAAUGAGUUUGAAGGGCCAUUGCCUCCUCCACUCUUUAGCAAAGAUCUCGAUGCUAUUUUCGUUAACAAUAACCGUUUAACUAACGUGAUCCCUUCAAAUUUAGGAUCAAGCUCUGCUUCUGUUGUGGUUUUUGCUAAUAACUACUUUGGAGGAUGCUUACCACCAAGCAUAGCCAACUUUGCAAACACCUUAGAAGAGUUGCUCCUUACUAAUACUAGCUUAUCAGGGUGUUUGCCUCCUGAAGUGGGAUUUUUGUACAAGCUAAAAGUUCUUGAUGUGAGCAACAACAAGUUAGCAGGGACAAUACCUUAUACUAUUGCUGGUUUAGCUCACUUGGAGCUACUAAAUUUAGCACAUAACAUGUUUAGUGGAACUGUACCAGAGGGAAUAUGUGUAUUACCUAAGCUCUCAAACUUCACAUUCUCUUAUAACUAUUUCUGUGAGGAGCAAGGUAUUUGCAGCAACUUGACAUCAAAGGGCAUAGUGUACGAUGAUCGUCGAAAUUGUUUGCCAGAAAAGCCUCUUCAGAGAAGCAAGAAGGAAUGUGAUGCUGUGGAUGAGCAUCCCAUUGACUGUUUAGCAUUUCAUUGUGGCACUUGAUACUGUUUUCAUGUGUUGGUUCUACUGAAAAUGUGACAAAUUAGUACUAGCUUGAGUUUUCCUUGAACUUUCUUUUCAAAUUUAGUAGCCAAUGUGAAAAAAGAAUAAAGUCAAUAGCAACUCUGUAAAUAUGGCGUGUGAUUAAGUUUUUCUUAUGUUGGUAAUUUAACU